ACACAUAAAAACACAAACACUUUCACACACUACAAGAAACUGAGGCACACGGCAGAAAAAUCUACACAUCACCUGUGUGAAAACACUGAUACUGACUUACUUUAACACACACACACACUCACACACACACACUCACACACACACACUCACACACACUCUGAAAGGUGUGCUGUCUCGCUCGGUCGUCGUCUCUCAUCUGUUUUGGCUCCAUCGUCUUGAUCUCCAUCAUGCACAGCAAAGAGCAAAUCAGUCAUGACGACUACCAGAAGACAGCUGAUUGGCUGCUGUCUCAGACGAAGCACCGCCCCCAGGUGGCCAUCAUCUGUGGCUCCGGACUGGGCAUGCUCGCUGACGCCCUCAAGUGUCAGGACGCCUUCCAUUACACGGACAUCCCAGGCUUCCCCCAGAGCACAGUGCAGGGUCAUGCAGGCCGGCUGGUGUUCGGGGAACUGAAGGGGAAGACGUGUGUGUGUAUGCAGGGCCGCUUCCACAUGUAUGAAGGACACUCACUCUGCAAGACCACGUUUCCGGUCCGCGUCUUCAAGCUGCUGGGGGUGGAGACUCUGAUCGUGACCAACGCUGCCGGCUCAUUGGCUGACGGCCUCAAACCUGGUGACAUCAUGAUCAUCAAAGACCACGUGAACUUCCCCGGGCUGGGCGGCUUCAACCCGCUGAACGGCCCCAACGACGACAAGUUUGGGCCGAGGUUCCCUGCCAUGUCAGCUUGUUACAACCCCGGCCUGCGUUGCCUAGCGAUGGACAUUGCUAAGCAACAGGGCGUGGCCGAGCUGGUGCAGGAGGGCGUGUACGCCGCAGUGGGCGGGCCCAACUUUGAAACCAUCGCUGAGGCUAAACUCAUGCACAGACUGGGAGUGGAUGCUGUGGGUAUGAGCACGGCUCCGGAGGUGGUGGUGGCUGUUCACUGUGGGCUGCGAGUCUUCGGCAUCUCUCUGAUCACCAACAAGGUGGUGAAGAGCUACGAGGACAGGGAGUGUGUGAACCACGAGGGAGUCCUGGAGGUCAGCAAGCUGCGCUCACACACUCUGCAGCAGCUGGUGAGCGAGCUGGUCAGCCGCAUGGACGUCAACAACAACACGGCUGUGUGAACACACACACACACACACACACACACACACACGGGUCAGCAGUACAAAGAGCACAGCAGCUGUAUUUAUACAUUAUCAUCAGACAGGUUUAUCAUAAAAACAUUUGUGAAUCACAAAUCCUUCAGCCACUUAUUAAUUAGCUUCAUAUUUUCAUCCUUGCUGUAAUAAAAUUUGUAUUUAUAUGAAAUAAAUAUGAAAUAAUAAUAAUGUGUAUCUAUCAGGGUGUGAACUGCUGAGUAUUAAUAUUUUAUAUUCCACAUUUUGAAUUCUGUAGAGAAAUUUAAAGAAUGUUCCAUCCUCUGUACUUUGAUAUAUAUAUAUAUAAAAGUGUUUUUUUUAAUCUCUUGUACAUUGUUCUGAUUUGUGGGAUUUUAUUUUGUAAAGAACAGAUUUGUAUAGAUGUUCUGAUUGCCAUUAUUCUGAUUAAAAACCUGUUUCCUGUU